CCUGUGUGUGGCAUUUAUGAGCUGUUUAAUUGUCGUUAAGCGAUGGAUGAUCUAAUCCCUCAGUCAAGUGCUGAUAUUUCCGGUUAGCAGCUUUAAUCAGUGCGCGGACAAAACAAUGCAACUUCUCCCCAUUCCCAUUCUCCCAUACUCGCGUUCUUCCAUGGUACCAAGGUUCAUGCGAGACUCGUGCGGAAAACCAUGUGAACUGUGGCAGGCAACAGUAGCUGCCGCAGCAGUAGUGCUUUUAUGGACUCUACGAACAGCAAUCAAUCAAUUAAAGUAGGGGGCCAACAAUCGAUCUUACAAUUACCUCGCAUUAAGAUUGAUAAUACGUGUAGUUCCCAAGCUGCCGGCCGGAGGAUUGCGUGACUUUCUUGAAUUUCGAAUCCAAUUGAGCGACUUAAUUUCCUGGGAGGACUCUGAACUGUGACCUGUGGCUGCACUGGUGCGCUGGCAUAUUGCUGGUGCAUGCACCUCUGCCACUGUCUCUGUCUCUGCCUGGAAGUUGCCAUGUUCCAUGCACCCUCAUGAUGCACCCCCAGGGGCUGCCAUUCUCUUUCUUUAUUUCUUUAUUUCUUUAUUCUUCGAAUGCGAUUGCAAGUGCAAGUAUCGCGUGCAUUUCGCAAGCCAAAGACCAAGCAAAGGCGUUCCCACCACCUCCCUGCGCCCCCGUUCACCCAGGCACAGAAACUGCUUCGUUCUUCGUUCAGUUUUCAGCUGCUCGCUCGCUCGUUUCGUUGGGUUCGUUCACUCGAAUCGUCGCCUCACGAGUGAGUGCAAGCGAGUGCAUGCGCACCUAAAAUGUACCCAACUUUGGGUGCACGAGCACCGAGAUAUUCGCGGGAAACCAUUCGCAUGGAUACACAACCGCAGACACAGCUACAGCUACAGCUACAGAUACAAAUACAGCUGAAGUUGCUUCGGCUUCGGAAAUGGGCGGAUGGGAAAUGCGGAAUAGGAGAGGGCGGCAAGCAGGGGGAGGGUCUUCAUAUUUAUCGUACUUCGAAAGAGGCCAAACAACCAAGAAAAGAUAGAUUCAAAGGCGAGCUGUAGAUACUCUUGCCACAUGACAGCUUUAUCCAAUUUCCAAUGUUUUCUUCGGACAAGAUCGGCAAAAACAAGAAAAGGUGUUCUUCAGGGGAUCUAAGCUGGCAGAUACACACACAUACAUAUGUAUAUGGUAAUCCGAUCGUAUCUAUUGAGAAUCAAAUAUUCAGUAGUCUUUUGGGAUCCAUAGAACAACAGGAAAUAGCCCUUAGAAGCGGUGCUUGAGUCGAGAUGUAAAUUGUGCCUGGUUUGUGGGUUUCGUCAUACAUUUUCUGCGUCAUGCACACGCAAUGUAUAUGGUUUAUUGGUAUAGGAUAGGUCUCGAGUUUCAAGCAGUCUACUGUGUGCUCAGGCGCCAAUCGCUGCGAGUUUUGUUACUGGAGUCUGGCAAACGAUCACCAACUGCUUCCACGGGCUUUUCCAUUGAAGCAUUCGUUGUGCUGCUUCAUAUGGAAACAAUGGGAGCAAUGAAAGCAAUAUACCCCUGAGCUGGCAAGUGUAUUGACCAUUCGCCAAAGCACGGAGUAUAGAGCCCCAUCGUAACGUUGAUGACGAUGAAAUUGUUUAUUAUUUAUUGGUAGUGGUAGCUGUCCCCGUGUAUCCGUAUCUGUGGCUGUGUUCGCUCGCUCGGCUGUGUCUGUAUCUUUACUCAGUUAGCAGAGAGAGCGGCCUCGCAUGGCUCACAGCCAAACAGCUGAUUGGGAAACCCCUCCCGCCCGUGCCGAUCCACCAAUUUCCAUUUAAAUUUUAAUGCCUGAACCGACUCGAAUCCGCUUACGGCAACGAAAUUAGAGACAAAUUGCUGGGAUGCCAUUCCCCGAACUAUGUGCCCCGCGCAACCCGAUGGAUUGCCGCGGACGUCGCCGUGCGUGCGUAUCUGUGAGAUACGUCUAUUGUUCUUUGUACUCGUUCCGCAGCUGCUGAGGUGAUAAGCAGCUAUUUCCAGAUACAGAUACAAAUAUUUUGUGCACCUUUCGCACUCGUCUCUGGGAGAAUGUAUCUCUCUGUUGUUGGCGGGAUCCUACUCCAACCGAAUCCAAUCAAUCAAUCCAUCAAUCAGCCCCCCGUUUGGCUAAACGAAUUUGCACCCGAAAGAUAUGUAAUGUUAAUUGGCAUUGGCCCCCGCGCUGCACUCGGAUCGAAUGGCCAUCGGCCGUCGGCCCAUCAGCCCCACACUAAUGAAAACGCACUCGGCUCGGAGACCACUGCCCUCUCCCCUGCCCUCGUCCGAGCUGUGGGGAUGGUUUCAUGAAUGAAACCCACGCGAGAGGCGAACUCUGGCCUUUGCAGCGUCGGUUGUGGGGGCUUUCCAUUUCCCCUUGUGGCUUGCCGCCAAAUGCUGCUGAUUGAUCGAUUGACUGCCCCCAUUCAGGUCGUUAGGGAAGGUGCCACAUCAUGUGCCACUAAACGAGGCACAUAUCUAAGGGUCUACGGGCAGAGAAAGGGAACAAAAGAGAGAGACAUGAACAUGGAAAUGACACUGACGCGCUGCAGCAGCGCGGAUAGCGGCGGUGGCAUACAGAACUCCAGCUUUGAGGCGAAGCCGGAGGAACGUCGAAGGUCCGCCCACUUGGGGGCGUUCGAGGAGAUGCAGCGGCAGCGUUCCAUGUCCUUUGUGCAGACGAAACUCACGAAAAACGGCAGCUGCGUAAGCGCCCUGCAGCGGGUCGAGGACGGAGCUCCCUGCUGGCUUAAGUCGCAGAACAACCUGUGCAAUGGCGUGGGCGUGGCACUGGCCCCCAAGGUAAUGAACAACGGCAGCAGCAGCUCCAACGACCAGAAGAAGGGCACCAUCUCGCUCUCCCACCUGCCCCAGCGGCCUCCCGUGGACAUUGAGUUCUGUGAUAUAUCCUACUCGGUGGCCGUCGGCCAUAGGCGCGGCUGCAAGACCAUCCUGAAGAGCGUCUCGGGAAAGUUCCGCAAUGGAGAGAUCACGGCGAUCAUGGGUCCCUCGGGGGCAGGGAAAAGCACGCUGAUGAAUAUCCUGGCGGGCUACAAGACUGCCCAACUCUCCGGAUCGGUGCUGAUCAACAGCAAGGAGAGGAACCUCCGCAGAUUCCGCAAGCUCUCCUGCUACAUCAUGCAGGACGAUGUCCUGAUCGCCAAUCUGACGGUGGGCGAGGCCAUGAUGGUGGCCGCAAAUCUCAAGCUCGGGAAGCACAUGAUAUCCUACGCCAAGCGGGUGGUCGUGGAGGAGAUCCUCGAGACCAUCGGCCUCAAGGAGUCGGUGCAUACGCUCACCUGCAACCUGUCGGGGGGGCAGAGGAAGCGGCUUUCCAUCGCUCUGGAGCUCGUCAACAAUCCCCCGGUGAUGUUCUUCGACGAACCCACCUCCGGGCUGGACAGCUCCACCUGCUUCCAGCUGAUCUCGCUGCUCCGAUCGCUGGCCCGCGGCGGGCGCACUAUCGUCUGCACCAUCCACCAGCCGUCGGCGCGUCUCUUUGAGAAGUUCGACCAUCUGUACCUGCUGGCCCAGGGGCAGUGCGUCUACGAGGGCCGUGUGCGGGGCCUGGUGCCGUAUCUGUCCUCCCUCGGGUUCGAGUGCCCCUCGUACCACAAUCCCGCGGACUACGUCCUGGAGGUGGCCUCCGGGGAGUACGGGGAUGCGGUGCCGAAGCUCGUGCAGGCCGUCAAGGGCGGGGCAUGCAAGAAGUACGCCCACAAGGACUACUGCCUCACGCUCCUGCCCACCAAGGCCGCGGAGAGUGCCACCCUCCACCUGGAGGAUGAGAAGCCCCCCCUCCUCUCAGGAGAUUCUAAUCCUUUGGAUGCGGAAGCCGAGGCCGAAGAAGAUGCGGAUCUGAAACCACCGAAGCUGGAGGCGCAACAGUCGCAGAACUCGGACUGCAGCGCCGUCAUUCUUAUGCCCCAAUCCAACGACGACAGCUGCAGCUUCAGCUCCUCCAAGGGCGGCGGCGCCCACAAUGCAGUCGGUGGGCCGCCCAGUGGCGGCGUCGUCGGAUGCAUGACCUCGCUCCUGGACUCGCACGAAAGCGUGGUGACUCUCCCGAACAAGACGGGGUUCCCCACCAGCGGCUGGACGCAGUUCUGGAUCCUCCUGAAGCGCUCCUUCCGCACCAUCCUACGAGACAGAAUGCUGACGCACAUGCGCCUCUUCUCGCACGUGAUUGUGGGGGCCAUAAUCGGGAUGAUCUACUACGAUGUGGGGAACGAGGCCUCCAAGAUCAUGAGCAAUGCUGGCUGCAUCUUCUUCGUGUCUCUGUUUACCACCUUCACGGCCAUGAUGCCCACCAUUUUGACAUUUCCCACUGAAAUGUCCGUGUUCGUGCGGGAGCAUCUCAACUAUUGGUACUCUCUCAAGGCGUUCUACUUUGCCAAGACGAUAGCGGACAUGCCCUUCCAGAUAGUCUUUUCAAGCGUCUAUGUCCUGGUGGUGUACUACCUGACAUCCCAGCCGAUGGAGUGGAACCGCGUCUCCAUGUUCGUCCUCAUCCAGGUGCUCAAUUCCCUCGUGGCCCAGUCGCUGGGGCUGCUCAUCGGCGCCGGGAUGAACAUCGAGACGGGGGUGUUCCUCGGGCCCGUCACCACCAUCCCCACGAUACUGUUCUCCGGGUUCUUCGUCAACUUCGACACCAUCCCGGGCUACCUGCAGUGGGUCACAUACGUCAGUUAUGUGCGCUACGGAUUUGAGGGCGCCAUGGUGGCCAUCUAUGGCAUGGAUCGCGCCAAGCUGCAGUGCAACCAAAUGUACUGCCAUUACCGAGUGCCCAAGAAGUUCCUCGAGGAGAUGUCCAUGGACAAUGCCCACUUCUGGGUGGAUGCCGUGGCCCUGACGGGGAUAUUCUUUGCCCUCCGCAUCAUCGCAUACUUCGUGCUGCGGUGGAAGCUGCACAUGAUCCGCUAAGCGGAUCUGUACCUGAGGCCCGUAUCUCUAGUUCAUCUGUUAGAUACCAACUAUUGCCGAGCCCAGGAGUGUAUGUAAAAAGGCGUAAAGUGAUCAGGGAUCAUUGUAGAUAUUCAAUUUCUCUCCUCCCUUCAGGCUUUGUACGUUUAUACACCACACACAUACACAACCACACACUCACACAGACAGAUACAUAGAUAGAUACAUUUACCGCCAGAGGGUAUUAUACAAAUACAACUACAACUACAACACGGUUCUAAUUAUAUAUCUAUAGAUGAGACACCCGAUAGAUACAUAGAUAGUGUAGCUGUAGCUCUGUUCUGCAUACCAAAACAUUCAGAACUACACAGAAAGGAAAACAAAACGGAAUUUAAAUUUACAUAGAGACAUAGGCGUAGAUAUAGAUACUAUAUUCUACAUACCGAUCUAUAUAUAGGCUUGCCCACGUAGUGGUUCCCCCGUACACGUACUCGUACAAGUACACGUGCACGGACACCCUCUCCUCCUGCAUUGAAAGCAGAAUAUUCUUGUGACCAAAAGCUGAAAAGAGUCUGAACAUAAGUGUAGAUUGAAAAACACACCUCUUGUAGAAA